GAUGCGCCCCGCGCUCGUCCUACUGUAGAACUUCUCUCUUGCCUCCUACAUUGCUACACUACAUCUGCGGCUACGACAAUCCUAUGCGCUGUUUCUAUGCACUGUCCACGGCUUAUGUUUUCACCCUUCUUGCUGUACCUGUGCUGGGCGGUGGUAAUACCACUUGUGCUGGAAGCGCACUCGACUGGUACACCAACGCCGUCGGGGAGACACCAUGCAUGACCUACCAGCGACUGCGCCAGAUCUGCAACAGUGACUAUGAGGUCCCGUCCUUCCGACCCAACACUCCCGGUGACAACUGCGAUGAUCAGCGAGCUGAGUGCUGUUGCAACUCCAUCUCGUGGGCAUUGAGCAUGCUAUGCAUGAAUUGUCAAUUGGACGUGGGCGGCAGUAGUGACAACGGGAUCGAUGCUGGUGUAACGGCUUACUACAUGUACCGAUUCAGCGACAGCAACGGUCAGUACUGUGGGGACGGGACGAAUCAAACACUCUCGCCUGCUGUCCAGAGCGCCGUCUGCAAUCAGUACAUCCGCCUAGACGGAUUCCUCUACGACCUAUUCUGGGUGAAGGGUGACUGGUACUAGUGAGCAACGCUUGCUAGAUAGACCGUGAUCAUCGGUAAAUGCUGAUGGGACGCACGAUAGCACAUAUACACGGAAACCGCCAGCAGGAUCAAGCUGCAAACAACAGCCAGACAUUCCAACACUGUCCGAAUGACUCGGACCCCGUCGUCGUCCGUGCAUGCUACUAGUAGUAGUACCAGCUCGGUACCCAGCGCGACCAAUUCAAA